AUGGUCAAUGGAUUAAACACUGGAUAUUGCUCAGAUUCAGAUGUAAUACUCGUACUCAACAAACAGUUCACGCUCACGCCAAACUUUGCUAGUCUGAAUCCACCAGCUUCACCACAGACAAGCAAGAGCACAACGAGGACGUUGUACGAUUUACCAAGCAACAUUUUGCUCCACAUAUGCUCGCUUUUGCAGCAGUACGAUUUGGCCAAUCUUUGUAUUUCAAGUAAAGUAUGGUCUUUUGCAGCCACCAGCACCUUGUAUUCCAAAAUCAUCGUCAACGAUGACAUCACCGCCUUGACGGCCCUCCGCAAAGUGGUGACGCGGUACACAAAGUUCUUUGGCACCACGAUCUCAGCCACCAGCUUUCAAAACUUGCUUUACUCGAUCCACUCGAACCCAAGCCUUGGCCGGCUAGUCAAGAGCCUUAUCUUGAACGUCAACCAGGAGACACUCAACCUCAUAUCGCAUCAUGUCUCAUUGGUGGGGAAUAUCGGGCGGUCGGCCUCCCCUUCGCCCAUGAUCAGUCAGCCCUCGUCGCCCAAGUCCUCCUCGUCAUUCACGUCGUUGGCGUCGUUGUUGGAUGACGCCGAGGUGACACACCCAUUGCGGUUGAACAGCUUGAUUGCCCCGCAGAUUCCUAUUUCAUUUUUCACCAGUGGCAGCUGGAUCGAGCUUUCGAAGUUGACCAUGCUCAGUGUUUUAAUCUCCAACUAUGGCAACGGAACCACACCAUUUUGUUGUCCCAACCUCCAAAAGUUGAAGAUUUCGUACCACGAUUGCCCCGAGGAUGCUGAGGGUUUGCGGAAUUUUGGAACCAUGCUACGCACCACGCAUUCCUUGGACAAUUUGCGAGAAUUGGAAUUUACCGAAGAUAGAGAACACGAUCGCGUUGCUAUGCUCGAUAUCCUUGGUGGGCUCAAUGACGUCACCAACCCCAACUUGCCCACUUGGCUCUGCUUUUUCGACAGCAUCACCAAGGGCUGCCGCAAGAUGAAAGAACCGCAGAGGCGUCUAGUGUUGGACUCGUUGGCGAUUGAGGGAUACGUGGGCAGCCGCGCUUUCGAGUGUGUGGGCUUGCUUUCAAAUGCCGUCGACUUGUCGCUAUUGGUCAAUCUACAGUUGAAAAUCACGGAAACGACUCACGCCCACCACGCGCACACGGACUUUGCUUAUUGCAUUGACUCGAGCCAUUUCAUGUAUUUGCUCACAAGGCAAACGCCCGAGUUGGUGAGCCUCGCCAUCAAUCCCACCUUUGAUUGUUUGGCGUGUCAAAUGGAGUGCAUCACAAACACCAUCGUCUAUAAUCUCCCGCAUCAGCUCCGCAACUUGUCGGUGGUGUUUGAGUCGCCCAAUGUACAAGCGAGCCAGCUGCUCAACGACGUCAUAUACCAGCACCAGCACAAUCUACAGCGCUUGCUUAUAAACGACAAGGCGACGGAAGUCUCGGACCGUUCACUUCUUUUCAAAUGCAUCAAUUCACGGCAGUCCUGGCUCAGACUUUACGACUAUGGCUUCAUCUACGAACGUCUCAUAUCAACGCUACUUUUCAGCGACGUUUGGCUAACGGACUUCCUCAAGCUCGAUGAAGAUUUCAUCAUCAAUGACCAGACCAUCCAGUUUAUCGAAAAGGCCAGCGGCAGAGGCUUGAAUGAGUAUCUAUGCUAUUUCUUGCAUUUUGCAUUUAGUCCUGUUGUCGCGUCAAACUUUAAACUCAUUGGCCAUUUGCCAAAGUUGCGGAACUUGAAUGUUUUGGGACUAAGUUUGGUUGUUCACGACCACGACGGCAACCAAGAGGUCUACUACGUUGCCAAUGGAAAGUAUAUUUCUUCGGGGUUGAUCUUCAAAAAGUAA